AUGAGUACUGAAAGGAGCGAAAUUCUUUUAGAAGAUAAAAGUUCACUAUUUAAAAAAAGAAGAAAAAAAUGUAAAAUAACACGUAAACGUAAAAAAAUAAAAUUAUAUUACAAAAGGAAAUCUCAAGAAAAAAAAAAAAAAAAUUAUAAAAUUUUUAAAAAUAAUACAAAAAUUACAAAAAGAAGGAAAUUAAAAAAGAGUUAUAAAAACAUAAAUUUUGUUAUGCAGAAUGAUAACCUGAUGAAACUUAUUCAGAUAGAUACCAGUGAAGAAAGUAUAAGGUAUUAUGAACAAGCAGGCUACGAGGAUUCAAUAGUUGCAUGCCAUGUGGAAAAAAUAAAAAUGGAGUUAUGCUCUAGGAAAGAGAAUGCUUAUUCAGGCUAUACCAGCCCCAAUGAGAACAAAAAUGGUACUACUAGGAUUAACGAUAGUGGUGGUAGCAGUAGUAAUAAUGGUAUUAGUGGUAGAGGUAAUCACAGUCGUAGUAGUAGUCGCUGUAGUAGUGAUAUAUGCAUAGAGAGAACUGAUGGCUUCACUUGUGUACACGAUGACCGCGGCAAUGAAAAAGGGAAUGUAGUAAAUAUUUCAAAAGAAAUUGUGAGAACAGCUGAAAAUUGUAAAAGUAACUCAAGCAGCCCAGGAAGCACAAGCUACCCAAGCAACCAUUUCAAUUUGAGUACCCAAAAAAAGACAGAAUUUUUCAAAGCGCAGAAAAAUAACUGUGCUACAUGCAUAGCUACAACGAUAAGCACAAAGAAACAUUUUCUGCAAACGGACAGAUUAAGAGAGAACGACAAACGUUCCAGAAAUGUUCAGAAAAAAAGAUUACACGGUGAAAGUGAUUCUACUGUUUUAAAAUGUGAAGAAGAAUAUGCAUCUAAUGUAAACAGGGUAAAGAGCAUCAUAGAUGAGAUGCCAGUUCAGGAAUAUAAAAUCGUAGAAAAGGAAAAUACUACUACUUAUAAGAGCAGUUCUGAUCGUGCUACUAGUUGUGACGAUAUGAAUUAUGUUCACGUAAUACUAAAAUACGAACAGGAGGGGAAACAAAAAAAUUUAAUUUUUGAAAAAUCGCAAAACAAAGUGUGUGCUAUAAGAGCAGACGCUUUUGCAAAUAUUACUUCUAAUACAGAGGACAAAGAAGGGAGGGAUCCAGAAACAGAAGGGGGUGGAAAGGUUGAAGGGACUCAUCACAAGGGAGGAAACAGAAGUAGUAGUAGUGCAGGGGAAAAUGGAAGUAGCGGUAUAGCAGGGGAAAAUGGAAGUAGCGGUAUAGCAGGGGGAAAUGGAAGUAGUAGCAUAGCACGGGGAAAUGGAAGUAGUAGCAUAACAGGGGGAAAUAGUUGCAGAGCAAGUGGUAAUAGAAGUAACGGGAAUCAUAAUAGCCGCACCCAUAGAGGAAAUCCCUAUGGGAGAAGACGCAAAAAUGUAACGCAGGAUCCAAUUAUCGAGCCCGUUAGUAAAAAUAUAUCAUAUGGUGAAAAUCAAGAUAGAGGUAAGUUCCCAGAUGACCAAAAGUUUAUAUCAGAUAUAGAGGACAUAUCAGCUGAUGGAUUUAAAAAAUUAUUAAUUUGUAUGAAAAAUAACAUAAAAGAAAUAUGUGAAAUAUUAGAAAAUUUAAGCGAAGAAAAAUUGGUUUAUUUGUCUCUUCCUUUUAAUGAAAAUUAUGAAAUAGUAAAAUACUUUUAUUUAUUGUCUAUAAAAAAAAUUGAUAAAAUGAUAAAAUUGUUAAAUGUAGAUAACUAUAAAAGUUUUAUAUUACUAUUUGACGAAAAUAAAAUAACAGAAAUUGUGAAUAACGUUUCUUUAAAUACAUCGAUAAGUAUUUUAUUGCAUUUACCUCAACACAAAUUAACACAUAUAUUUAGCCAGAUGAAUGUUAAAAAUAUUAUAAAAUUAAUAAAUGUAAUACCUUUGUGUAAAUUCUAUUAUAUUGUAGAAUGCAUACCUAUAGAGAUAAUUAGUCCUCUAUCUAAUAAUAUUACUUAUGAAAAAUUAUGUAUUAUUCAUAAUUCCUUAUCUUCAAAUAGCUUGGAUCUUUUAACAAACAAUUUGUGUAUAAAAACAGUUAACAGACUUAUAACUGAUUUACCCAUAUACAAAUCGAUAAAAAUUUUGAAAAGUUUGCCCCCCAAAAAAAUUGCAGAUUCGAUUAAUGUAAAUUCUGCUUCUUUCAAUUUUUCUGUCCAGUUGUACACAUCUUUUAGUGCACAUGAAAUAAUCGAAAUAAUGACUCAUCUGAAUAUGAAAUGUAUAGGAAUUUUACUAAAAGAAUGUUGUAAAUUAACCAAAAUUGUUUUGUAUAUUAAUUACCACAUAUCUGUUGAUAAAUUUAAAUUAAUUGUCCAGAAAUUACCAACAAAGUUUUUAAAAAAAAUUAUAAAUGAUAUAUCACUAAAAUUAUUAGUAGUAUUCUUUAUAUCCUUUUCUAAAAAAAAGACAGUGCCUUGUUUGUAUGUUCUAUCACGUAAAAAGUUAAAUUACAUUUUGCAUAAGAUGCCAGAAAAAAAAAAAAUAAUAAUAAUAAUACGUUCAAUACUUGAGAAAAAUUAUACGAAAAAUACAUGUAAAAAGUGGGAAAGAAAAAACCAAAAGUUAAUUAACCAAAUGGAUGAUAAAAAUGUAUGCCUUAUUUUAAAUAUGUUGAAAGGUCGAGAUUACCUUCAUUUUUGUAAGCUAUUAUUAUAUUCUAAUAAAAUACAAAAUAUUAUUAAUACUGCUAUACAUAAUAAUGAUGAUAAAAAAACUGCAACUAUUAUUCUCUAUUUACCUAUUAACAAUAUUAUACAAAUAGUUCAAAUGUUUGAGGAGAAGAAGUUAGACAGAAUAAGCAAAUAUUUUCCCAUCUAUAUAAACGAUAGAAUUAUAAAAUCUAAUGUUUCUAUUCAUAAUCAAAUUAGCAAAAUACAGCAAAUAUUUAUUAUGUGUAGACUACUUCGAUUGAGACAUAUUUGUUUUAAUUCUCAUAUUAUUAGAACAUAUACACAAAACGUUAAGUCUAACUACAUUGUACAUAGAAAAAUGAAUCACAUAAUUCAUAGCAUAAAUUUAAAAAAUUAUAAAAAAUUUUUAAAUAAUAUUUCUUGUGCCAAAAUUAUCGAUAUGGUUAAUACCAUAGACAAUGUUAUGUCUAAAAAUACUUAUAAUGAAAAUAAAUUAGUUAACUGUAUUUUUAUUUUCUUCAAUAUAUAUCAUCAAAAUGGGGCAAAAAAUUGUGUGGGGAAAGAAUUUCUUUUUCAAAAAGAGAGUAACAAAAAAAACAUAAUUAAAUAUAGAUGUAAAAAAGAUUUAUCAUUAUGUAAAAGUCUAUCACAUAUUAGGAACACCUCUUUUGACAACACUAAAAAGUGUUAUCCUUUUCAAAAUAUAAAUAGGGCGAAUACUUCAAAUGAGAACAAAUCUGGAAAAAUAAAUUUCCCUAUACAAAAAAGAGUGCUCACUUAUGUCAGCAGUGAAUCGGAAAACAAUAUAGUUCCCUUGGUCAUCCCCUCAGGAAAAUCUAUUAUUAGCAAAUUAAGAAACAAUUUCUGCGCAUUUUUGAUAAACCUAGUUUCGUUCAUUAAAUUGCACAUUCAGGAAUACGUCCUACUAUCCCCUGCUAAUAUCAAGAAUGGCAAGUGUGAUAUCUCCGCGUAUUGUGGAAACUAUGCUCAGUAUGACAAGUGCGAUAACUGCGAUCACUGUAUCAAACAUGGAAAUAGCAAAGUUAUUGUGAAGAACAUUCCAAAUGGGUUAAACAGUGCAGUUCGGAUAAAUGCAUACACAGAAAACCAUUGCAGUAGUGAUAACAAGAUACUUACUAAUAAUGAUGAACCGACGUUAAUAUGUAAUCCCCUCUGGGGAAAGGAAUACAUAUAUAGUAAAAUUAUUUUUAAUGCGGUAAGAAGAAUUAUGAAAAAUAUUUUUUCAACUGUUAAAAAAAUAAAUCAAAUGGAAAAUUCAUCAUAUAUCAAAAAGCACAUUUCUAUAUUAAAUAUUGUUAAUUCAAAUAUUGUACAUUUUAAAGAUCAUACAAAACAGAGCGUAUUAAACAUGCUAAAUGAAAAGGCUGUCUUGAAAGAGAUUAAAACACCAUGUAGAUAUUAUACAGAUGGACACAUUAAUUAUAGUGGAAAAAGUAAUAGACAAAAAAAUUCUGGUGGUAAAAAGUUCUUUAUCAAACAUCAUUCUGGUAAGAAUAGAGAAUGCGAUGAAAAAGGCGAAAAAAUAGGAGAAAUAAAAGGCGAAAAAAUGGGAGAAAUAAAAGGCGAAAAAAUGGGAGAAAUAAAAGGCGAAAAAAUGGGAGAAAUAAAAGGCGAAAAAUGGGAAAAAAUAGGAGAAAUAAUAGGCGAAAAAAUGGGAGAAAUAAAAGGCGAAAAAAUAGGAGAAAUAAUAGGCGAAAAAAUGGGAGAAAUAAUAGGCGAACAAAAAUACGAAAAAAAGGAAUUUACAAUUAAGACCAAACAGACAACUAAUGAAACAAUGCUUAAGUAUGACAGCAAAGGGGAAAAAAAAAGUAAAUUUAAAUUAACCAAAAUGCAAGAAAUACAAGAUGAAAAAACAGUUUUAGGAAAAAAUGAGAGGAACAAAUUAGAACAAAUAAGUAGCAAUAGAAUAGACUUUAACAUUCCAGGUGAUGACUUAUUAUUACAUAAUGAAAAAGAACUAUUACGGCACUUAUCUAUUGAUGUGCCAAUAUAUUCAAAGAGUAAAGAAAUUGCUCUUUUCGAUAUCAAUCACAAGGGAAAACGUCCAUACAGUGGUGCAACUAGUGAUGAAGCAAGUGAGGCGCGAAAUAACGGGGAAAAUAUCAUACCGAAUAGCAUAGCUAUUAAUGUGCAGAAUAAUACAAACAAAACGCAAGCUCCUUCCUGGGAUAACCAAUUGGUAACAUCCUCUACAUACAAACAGAAUAAAAGUGAAGCCAGUGAAGUAGGUAGAAAUACAGAUAAGAAAAGUUAUUUCUUUAAAAGAUUAGCUUAUUUUCAAAACAUAUCCAUAUUUAAAAAAUUACCUCGAAGAAAAAAAAAUAUUUUUCAUAGUACACGAAAUUUAUCGCUAGCUAACAAUUUUAAUAGUGCUAAAGGUGCACGCCAAAAAAUUUUUGGCACCAUAAAUAAUAGAAUAAAUUCGAAAAAUGCGAAACGUGUACAUUCAAGAAAAAAGGGUAUAGGAAGUGGAUCUGGUAUAUCAGGCGGAUCGGGCACAGCGGAUGAAGCGGACGGAGCACGCAGGGAAAACGCAUCAUCGGGCGUGAGCAAAAGCAACAAGGAAAAAACCUGCUGCUUAAAAUUCAUAUUCAUGCUAAAUGAUGCUCACCUAGAGCGUGGCACUAACAAGAAUGCUACUCUAGUACUAAACCUAUUUUUUCUUAGAAAAAAAAAGCUUUUUAAAAAUUAUGACUACACAAUUUCUGGAAGCUCAUUAAAUAUACAUAUAAAUAAUAAAGGAUACGAAAAAUUUGUAAACGUUAAUCCUGAUCACAAGGACACAUUUUGUUACAUUAACUCAAAUAUCAUUUCGCUAAAUUAUGAUAUUACUGAUAAUAGUAGUAGAAUUAGCAAUAGUAAUAAUAAUAGUAACAAUAAUAGUAACAAUAAUAGUAAUAAUAGUAGUAAUAAUAACAAUAAUAAUAAUAGUAAUAAUAACAAUAAUAAUAAUGAAACUAUCAAAAAUUUGUAUUCACUAACGUCUAACAUGUCUUUUCCAAUGUCCAAUAUUAGAAACAAUUUUGCUCUUAACUGUGAUGUUUACAAUAUAUCGAAUAAAAACACAAAUGAUGGAAAGAAUUUUCAAAAAAUUAUAACAUUCGCAUCUACAAAAAUAAGCAAAAAGUUAACAAAAUCGACCAGAGAAAUAUAUCACAAUUUAAAUAGUAACAUUACCUUAUUAUGGUCCUCCAAAGAAUUAGGAUACAUAUUUUUAGAUGCCCAUAAAUCAUUAUAUAUAAAUAUUAAUGAUUCUUCAAAUCGUUUGCGAAUAAAUUUGAGUAGGCAAAACAAUGAUAUAUCACAAGGGGGCGUUACCUACAAAAAAGACAGUCUAUUUUUUGUUAAAGAUAUUAAAGAAAAAAUAAGUCUCAGAAAAAUAAAAACAAUGUUUUCCAAGAUAUUCGAAAGGAAAAAAUCCAAUUAUCGUAUGAACUAUUUAAUGCCAAAAAAAAGACAAAAUGGAAAAAUAGAGGAACAACAAAAUAAUAAUUACUCCGAGAAUAAAACUACUCUUAACGGAAAAAGAGAGUACUGUGCGAAGAUAUACAAAACUGAUAUAAGCGCAGAUAUAAUUAAACAAGUACGCGCUAAAUAUGAGGAGAAACCAAAAGUAGAGGUCAACCUUACGGAUGAUGAAAAUGAAAUAUACUUCGGCGAUGAAUACUACCAUUUUUAUAAUGAGGAGGGGGAGAAAGAGGAAGAAGAAGAGGAAGACGAAGAAAAGGAUGACGAUAAUGACAAAGAUGAGAACGAAAAGAGUAACUUAAACGAUCUUUCAAAAUUUUCAUAUAAAGAUAUAUCACUUCUAUGCGAAGAACUAAAUCAACAGAACAACAUAACAUAUAAAAUGACGCACCAGUUGGAAAAGACAAAUGAUACGGUUAAAACUCAAAAAGAGGGCGCUAGUAUUAUGAUCCUUCGUCAUUCUACUCAUGGACAUAAACACAAAGCGCUUAAACAGAAAACACUUAAAUGCAACACAAACGAUAUUAAUAAUAAUAACAACAAAUUUCCGCUAAACAACAAACACAGUAUAGUUAUUAACAGCUUUAACAAUGUUAUAAAUGAAGCGCAAAAAAAAUUAUCUCUCAAGGAAAAAAUAAUUAAUAUGAAAAUAUUAGAAGAUGCUAAUUUAAAUGCAAUAUCUCUCAAUCCAUUAACUGAAAGUGAAAAAGAAAAAUUGCAAGAAAUAAAAAAGAAUGAGCUGAAUAAAAUUAUUGAGGAAGAAUUGCAUAAAAGAAAUAUCAGUUAUAAACCGCAGGACGUAUAUUCCUUGGGUAAUUCCAGCUUUACUGAUGAUGAAUUUAAUAUAAUAUUAUACUUGGAAAAGAGGAAAAAAAAAAAGGACAAAAAAAUUACAAAAAAAGAAAAAAAAGGUAUACCAUUUAAAAAAAGCGUUAAAUAUUUUAUCCCGUCUAGUUUUAAUGGUAGUAAAAUAUUUAAGUUAAAAUUACUUUCCCUUAUUGAAAAUUCUCUGUGUAAUUAUAACGUUACAUUGGAUAACACUACUAUCAACUGUAAAGGAAAAGACUAUACUGAAAAUAAAAAAGAUUUUUGCUGCAUUUCACCUAAAAAUAGUGCUCCUGUUUGUCAUUUUUCAAGGAAACACCUCUACUAUAAUGCCUCUCCUACGAAUGAGGAAAACCCUUUAUUUUUUUUUAUAAAUGAAUAUGAAGACCAGAAAAAAUUAGAGGUAAAAAUAGGGCUCGAAAAAUAUGCUCAGAGUGUGCAAAGUGUGCAAAAUGGAAAAAGUUUGCAUAAUGGGCAAAGUGUGCAAAAUACACCUCAUAAAAACACCCUAGCAGAAAAGGUUGAUAAUAUCGCUUCUUUAUAUGAUGGAAAGAACUCCUUUUUUAGCAGCGAUAACAGUGUUAAAUUAUCAAAUGAGUUGCUUAUCAAAACAGAGAGGAAAAUAUUUCACCCUAGGAAAAAUAUAAAUUCAGGAAAUUAUCUGCGGUGCGAAAAAAAAAAAAGAAGCACAGACAGCGAAAAUAGUAACAUCACUACAAACAAAAUUAAACAAAACAUGGGACAAGAGAAAAAUGAAAUAUUAAAUAAUUCUUCAACCCUUUUGGAGUUUGAUUCAUUUGAUAGUGCCACAUAUUCUUUAGCAGAUAAAUUCUCAUUAAAUAAGUCAGAAUUAUGCAUGAAAAAAAAAGCUCUGAACAAAUCAGGUAUUAUAACAAAAAAAUGUACAGAAAAUCCCAACAUGCUCAUAAAUAAAAUAAAAAAAAAAGACAAAAAUAACUCAAGAAAUGGAUCACAAAGAAGUGUAUCAAAAAUAUCUAUUAACAAUAAAAUACGGCAUGAAAAUAUUCAAUCUGUUACUAAACUAUACCAUGAAUCGAACAAAUUUAUUGAUCAUUCCGUGAAGGACUCCUUGAGAAGAAGUAACGGCACUAUUGUUGAAAUGGGUAAAAAUUACAGUGCAAAAAAUAAAAUAAUGAACCGCAAAAUAGUUAGCAGAAUAAGUCAUAAUAAUUUAUCUUUGAAAUACAAUGAAGUGGAGGAUAUAAAUUUAAAUAAUAAAUGCGAAGAUUGCAAUAUAAGCCCUAUAUUUCUUAGAAAACAUAAAAAAGGUAGCAGCUCCUUGAAUCAGGAAAAAAUAAAUCAACCAAAAACUUCUAAUCCUCCACUGUACGAGGAAGAAUCAGAUAAACGUUCACACUUCAGCUUAGGGGAAUAUUGUGUAAAAAAAGAAGAGGAUGAACAUAUACAUUUAGCACAAAUAGAGGAAGAUUGCUUAAAUGGAUUUCUAAACUGUGAAAGGAGAGCUAACAAUUCCGUUGGUAAUAGUAGCAAAGGUAAUACUAAUAACAGCAAUUGCCACAGUAAUUAUUGCAAUGAUAGCAAUAACAGCAAUUGCUACAGUAAUUAUUGCAAUAAUAGCAAUAACAGCAAUAGUAUUAUUAAUAAUAGCAGUACUAGCAAUAAUAGCAAUUGCAGUAGUAAUAUCAAUGAUAGUAAUUGCAGCAGCAGCAAUAAUGGUGGAGAGGGCAGGAAAGAAAAAUUGGGCUUCUUAAAUUUGCACUGUUUGCUGGAAAAUAGAGAAGAAAAUUUUUACUUAAUCAGCGAGGGUUGUGCUAACGCUAGUAAUUAUGUUAAGGAUAACAUGUUAAUCCAUACAAAAUUAUACAAUGAAAUUUUCAAUAUAAAAAAGAAUGAUAUGUUGAUAUCAGACAAGUUCACUAUACUUAAUAAUAUGUCAAAUGAAUCAUAUAAAGAUAACAUAUUCUGUGUACAUAAAAAAAAAAAAAUUUUAUGUAAUAUAUGUGGAGAUAUAUUAAAAAGAAAUAUUUUAAAUAAUUUAUUCUUUUUCAGAAUAACGAUAAUAAAUAAAAAAGGUCUUUUUUCAAAACACGUAAUUAUCAACAUUUAUUAUCAGAGUCCUUUAAUCAAAGCUCACUUUACCGAAAAAGAUAAAAUUAAAUAUUCCUUUGAAAAAAACUCAAAGGAUUAUAAUUUAAAAAUUGUCGUUAUAAAUAAAAAUAAAUUACACAAAAAAUUUUCCUGGUCAAAAUCAAAAUUUUUUAGAAAAUGUCUAGAAAUCCAGUUGAUAAGCACAUUAGAAAAUGUUGGACAGUUGCAAAAUGUGCAAAACGGAAAUACACAAAGCCGAAAUACCCAUAACCAAGGUGUUCAAAAAUAUACACAAGAGCAAUCUUAUUAUUCUAAAAAAGAGUCAAAUCCUUCUAAUGACAAUGAGGAGAGGGAUCCUUUUGCAACAAAGAAAAAGUCUUUAUCCUAUGAACAAAUGAAUGACUAUUCAAAAAGCUUAUCAAAAAUGAGUCAAAUAAAUGAUUUUUCCCCCUGCACAUAUAAUAACUCGCAUUUUGCUAUACUCAGCUUUAGCAUCCUUGAUGACAAAAAUAAGAAGAAGUAUGAAGUAGAGAGUUUUGUUGUUCCUUCCAUAAUGCUCUGUACAAAUCGUUGA